CUGUGGAGAUCCAUCUCGUCAGUUGCGCGGCGGACAGCGUUGAGAGAGUAUUGCGGUUCGCGAGUGAUGCAGAACGAAAGGAGGUAGUCAGCUUUCCAACUUCUUACGUUUGCAUUAUACCUUAUAACAUUUAUUAUUUAUUUUUAUAUUUUUAAUGUGAAUACAAUUUACGUUUAUAGAUAUUACACGUGUUUAUUUAUAAAUUAAAUUAAAAAUUAAAAUAAGAGAAAUUGAAAUAUAAUUUCUCAUGAGAUAAAAUAAACAUUAAUAAUGAUGAAAAUGUCAUGGUGUUGGUGGACGAAGGUUUCAUUGAACCGUUAACGAAGACAGGAAAGAGGGACAUGAACAAGCUUGAUAGCUUGUAGAGGAAAAAAAGAUAGUUGGAAAAGAGAGAGAGAGAGAGAGAGAGAGAGAGAGAGAGAGAGAGAGAAAAAGAGAGAGAGAGAGAAGUAGAUGGGUGCUGUGGUAUUAACAAAGGGAGAAGAGCAGAGAACCGAUCGUCGUUAGUUCCGAUCGAACAAGAACUCUUUUUAUCGUGCUUUUUUUCCGCGCGUGAUUCUACAGCGGCGCGGCGACGUUGGUAGCCAACGAAUGGAUCGGUUGCGGUGAAGAAGGAGAUUGCUGAUGAUCCAGUAGCGUGCGCGCGCGUGCUCUUACUCUCUUUCUCUCUCUUUCUCUCUCCCUGUCUUUUUCUUUCUGUACUUGAGAUAGAAAGAGAGCGUACGAGCAAGUGCGAUCCACCGGAAGUGUAAACAAUCUCCACGGUAGGCACGCCUGGGCGCAUCUUGCCUCGCCUAGGAUCGUCGCCGCCGCUGCUGCCGUCGUCGUCGUCGUCGUCAUCGUCGUCGUCGUCGUCGUCGUCGUCGUUGUAGUUGUAGUUGUAGUUUUAGUUGUAGUUGUCGUUAUCGUGCUCGGUGCAUGGGCGUUCGCGCGUUCACGAACGGAGGAGGAAGAAGAAGAAGAAAGGAAAGAGCCUCGGCUCGAACAUGACUCGGUCGGCGAUCCUCGUCGUGUGAUGAGACGAGGAGUGCCCGUUGGAGAGGGCAGGGACUACGACAUCAGUACCGACCUAGGAAGAAGAAGAAGAAGAAGAAGAAGAGGAGGAGGAGGAGGAGAAGGAGGAGGAGGAGAAGGAAGAGGAGGAGAAGUAGGAGGAAGGGAAAAAAAGAUAAGGACGGAAAAGGAGAAGAAAAAGAAGAAGAAGAAGGAGUCGUCGCAAAGAUGCGUGGAAUAUCUCAGGGCUGCUGCCAGCAGCAUUACUACUACCACUACUACUAUUACUAUUAUCUCGUCUUGGCUAUAGUACUAUGCUGCCAGCGGUACCACGUGCUCGCCGUGACCAGCGAGCUGCCGCCCAGACUCGACAUUCCCGAGCAUUGUUCUUGGGAUUCAAGGCAGGACGGAGCUCUUACUUGCAUUCAUCGUUAUCCAAGCAACGACUCCUUCCGAACGAAUUUCUCUCAGGCAACGAGCGAGUACGUGACCUCAGUUAACGUACUAUGCGAGGACACCGAGCCCGAGUCGAUGUUCGAUCCCGCCCUCGAGGGCGGCGUCCUCAAUGUCGACGGGCUCUUACAUUUAUGGCGACUUCGUUCAUUAAAAUUGAUCGGAUGCAAGCUCCUACAUUGGCCGGCAAAGAUUCUCGGUGGUUUGCGAGAUUUACGGAAUCUAACCGUUAGAACUUCGAUCGGACGAAAGACAAAGUAUAGCUUGGAAUUGGAGAGUGGUGCCUUCGAUUCUACGCCGCAGAUCGAGAAGAUGGAUCUAUCGUCUAAUAACAUUUGGCAAAUACCGGAACAUUUGUUCUGCCCCUUGACGAACCUGGUAACGCUCAACGUCUCUUGGAAUAUGUUGAAGGAUAUCGCGGAAUUGGGAUUUAGGGACGUUAACGAGAGAUACUCGAACCGUCAGCACGAAUCAACACCCACGCCCUUUCCCUGCUCCCUCGACAUGCAAUCAUUGGACACCUCGAACAAUCAGAUAUCCGUACUCCCAGCUUACGGGUUCUCCUCGUUGAAACGUCUAAGGAUUCUCAAUCUGUCGAAUAACGCGAUCUCCAUGGUGGCAGAUGAAGCGCUUCACGGUUUGAGAUCUCUCGAGACCUUCGAUCUGUCCGGCAACCGAAUCGUUGCUCUACCGACGGAGAUGUUCCGGGACGCUACCAAAUCCCUGAAGGAAUUGAGAUUACAAAAUAAUUCCAUCAGCGUUCUAUCGCCUGGUCUCGUAGCCGAUAUGAAUCAGCUCGUUGCUCUCGACUUGUCGAGGAACGUACUUACCAGUUCCUGGCUCAAUUCCGCCACUUUUUCCGGUUUGAUUCGUUUGGUCCUUUUAAAUUUAUCAUACAAUCGUAUUACCAGGCUCGAUCCGGAACUAUUCAAGGAUCUCUAUACGUUACAAAUCUUGAAUCUACAGCACAACGAAAUCGAGACAAUACCGGCCGACACCUUUUCACCGAUGAGCAAUCUUCACACCCUCGAACUGACGCACAAUCGGUUGACCUAUUUGGACGCCUAUUCCCUCAACGGCUUGUAUGCUCUCUCUCUUCUCGCGUUGGACUCAAAUAUGCUCGAGGGAAUACAUCCUGACGCUUUCAGGAACUGCUCGAGCAUGCAGGAUCUUAAUCUCUCUGGUAACAACUUGGACAACGUGCCGGUCGCGCUAAAGGACAUGCGAAUGCUGAAGACUCUCGAUCUCGGUGAAAAUCAAAUUAGAAGUCUCGGUAAGCCUGGCUUCCGCGGUAUGUCGAGUCUCUACGGGCUGAGAAUGAUCGGUAACGAGAUCACGAACGUCACGUGCGAGGAUCUUACGGAGCUACCGGCCCUCCAGAUUCUGAAUUUGGCUAGGAAUAGGAUCGAGUUCGUCGAGGACGGCGUGUUCUCGGCGAAUCCGGCGUUACAGGCGAUUCGCCUCGACUCGAACUUGCUCCAGGACGUGUCCUCGAUAUUCGCGGGUGCGCCUGGUCUACUGUGGCUUAACAUGUCCGACAACAUGAUCGCGAACUUCGACUACAAGUAUUUGCCGGAGAAGUUACAGUGGAUGGAUCUUCAUAAAAAUCUUAUCGCGGAUCUCGGAGUAGCACCAUCGGGUAUGAAAUUGCAAACCCUCGAUGUUUCGUUCAACCAACUUACGAGGAUACAUUCGAGCUCGAUACCAGAUUCCAUCGAGUUGCUCUUCGUAAACGAUAAUCUUAUACAUACGGUAGAACCGCAGACAUUUUUUGGUAAGACCAAUCUAACCAGGGUAGAUCUUUACGCGAAUCAAAUCGUCAAGAUGAAUCUAUCCGCUCUCCAGUUAACCCAAGUACCCAUACCAAGGCAACUUCCAGAAUUUUACAUCGGCGGAAAUCCCUUUAUAUGCGACUGCACGACCGAGUGGUUGCAACGAAUCAAUACCCUACCGCUUAGACAACAUCCCAGAGUGAUGGAUCUCGAGUCGGUUUAUUGCCGAUUACCGUACGAUCGUCGCAAGUCCUUUAUACCGUUGCUCGAGGCAAAGCCCUCGCAAUUUCUCUGCACUUAUAAGGCGCACUGCUUCGCCCUCUGUCAUUGUUGCGACUUCGACGCUUGCGAUUGCGAGAUGACGUGCCCGACGAAUUGCACGUGCUACCACGAUCAGUCUUGGUCGGCUAACGUCGUCGAUUGUUCGAGCUCCGGUUACAAGAUUUUACCUGGUCGAUUACCGAUGGACGCCACGGAGGUCUACUUGGACGGGAACAACUUUGGAGAGCUUAACUCGCACUCGUUCAUUGGCCGUAAGAAUCUCGAGAUAUUGUACGCGAACGACAGCAACAUCAUUGCGAUUCGUAAUCACACGUUCAGCGGUCUGAAGAGAUUACUGGUGCUCCAUCUGGAAAACAACAAGAUAAGCGUGCUCAACGGCGUGGAAUUGAUGCCGUUGGAGAAUUUAAAGGAACUCUACUUGCAGAACAAUCUUUUGACGUAUAUCGACAACGGCACGUUCCUGCCGUUACGUCAGUUGGAAGUACUAAGAUUGGAAAAGAAUCGUCUUGGUACCUUUGCCCUCUGGCAACUCGGUCAGAAUCCAUAUUUGGUGGACGUCGGUUUAUCGAGCAAUCCCUGGAGCUGCGAGUGUUCUUACCUGGAACGUGCUCGCGAGUGGAUGUCACGGAAUCGCGAGAAGAUCGUCGACUGGCCAAGCGUUAGCUGUUCCCUUGGUAUACCGAUUACUUUGCCGGCGAAUGGAUCGGCCAUAAAUUGCGCGGCAUUAACCGGCGACGGGACAAACACGGCGAUCGAGACGCGGCCGCUCGAGACUUAUCUGCCGCUAUUGCUCGCCAGCGCUUUACUGAUCUUCGCUAUGGUCGCCUUAGUCUGUGGGGCUUUCAGGCAUCGCCGUACGCUGAGGACAUGGGCAGCAAGUAGAUGCGGGUUACGUGCUUGCUACAAGACCGCGGCUUUUGAGGAUCAGGAGAAACCGUUCGACGCCUAUAUCUCUUAUUCGGCGGUAGACGAGGCCUUCGUUUCUACGAUCCUCGUUCCUGGCCUCGAGAGCUCCUAUCGAUUGUGCCUCCACUAUCGGGAUCUAGGUGCCGGCAGCAACGUAGCCGAUGCCGUAGCCGAGGCUGCCGACUCGUCACGGCGCACCAUUCUCGUAUUAUCGAAGAACUUUUUGCACGGCGAGUGGGCAAGAUUCGAGUUCAAGGCGGCCCUAAGGGACGCCCUCAAAGGGAAGGGUCGCUCGGUGAUAUUGCUCCUAGUCGGCGGUGUUUGCCCCCGCGAUCUAGAUGCCGAUCUCAAAAAGAGAAUCUCCUCGCACACCGUCCUGGUAUGGGGAGACAAGUUGUUUUGGCAGAAGCUAAGGUUCGCCAUGCCGGACGUCUCUCCGGUUCCUGUUUUGGAGAGACCCCUGCCGCUACCACCGCCACCCCCACCGCCGCCCUUACCACUGCCACUUACUUUGCCCUCGGCGCACCAUCAAUGGACGUAGACCAGUCGCCGCCACCGUUGCCGCCACCGUCGUCCUCCUUCUCUUAGGUAAGC